ACGUCUCAUCGGCAUGUUAUGAUGACGUCAUUACUACGAGACGAAGUUGCCUGUCCAGUGGUGGGUGAUUUAAAGCGGGGCCACGUUUGGAGUGCUUAAAUUAUGACCACAGAAGUGCCCGAGAAGUCGGGCGAGGAAAGUCUGAGCUCUGGGGGAGGCGUAGGGAGCGCAGGGACGCGUUUCGAUUUGGAUAAGGAAACCGAACUGCGCUUCGAGGUGGAGGCUGGAGAGCGAGUCCAGCUGGAGCUCCUGUCUGGUUUGGCCGAGGUGUUCGGCUCAGAACUGAACAGAAACAAGAAGUAUACGUUCGGGCCAGGCUCCAAGAUCGCCGUGUUUACAUGGCAGGGAUGCAGUUUGUCGCUCAUGGGCAAAACAGAGGUUGCGUAUGUCUCCAAAGAAACACCUAUGCUGCUCUAUCUGAACGCACAUGCUGCUCUAGAGCAAAUGAGACGACAAGCUGAGAGAGAUAAUGAAAGAGGGCCACGGGUCAUGGUGGUAGGCCCAACUGAUGUAGGGAAGACCACUGUGUGUCGGCUGCUGUUGAACUAUGCAGUGAGGCUGGGCAGAAGGCCCACGUUGGUGGAGCUGGAUGUUGGCCAAAGCAGCGUGUCUGUUCCUGGGACUAUGUCAGCGCUGUGCAUUGAGCGCCCGGCAGAUGUAGAGGAAGGCUUCUCUGUGCAGGCUCCCCUGGUCUUUCAUUUUGGCUCCACGACACCAGGGACCAACAUCAAACUCUAUAAUAAGCUGACGUCCUGUCUUGCGGAGGUAUUCUCCCAGCGCUGUGAGGUGAACCGCAGGGCUAGCGUGGGAGGCUGCAUCAUCAACACCUGCGGCUGGGUGAAGGGCUCGGGCUACCAGGCACUGGUCCACUGUGCCUCGGCCUUCCAGGUGGAUGUGGUGCUGGUGCUUGACCAGGAGCGCCUCUACAAUGAGCUGAAGCGUGACCUGCCUCAUUUUGUGCGCGUCGUCCUUCUGCCCAAGUCGGGUGGCGUGGUAGAGCGAUCCAAGGACUGCCGGCGCGAGACACGCGAUGAGAAAAUCCGAGAGUACUUCUACGGCUUUCGUGGUGCCUCCUUCUAUCCACAUGCCUUUGACGUGCGUUUCUCGGAUGUGCGCAUCUAUAAGAUCGGCGCGCCCUCCAUCCCGGACUCGUGCCUACCACUGGGCAUGUCUCAGGACGACACGCAGCUGAAGCUGGUGCCUGUUAGUCCUGGGCGGGACCUGACGCACCACGUACUCAGUGUCAGCUGUGCGGAGGAUGAGGGUGAUGGGCCACGCAGCAGGGGCAUCCUGGAGAGCCCCGUGUGCGGGUUUAUUGUGGUCACGGCCGUGGACACUCAGGCUCAGGUGAUGACUGUCCUCUCCCCAGCACCCAGGCCGCUUCCUCGGCACACCCUGCUCAUCAUGGACAUUCGAUUCAUUGACCUCAAAUAGAGGAUUGAAGAGAAGGGUGGGUGGAUGUUUGGUGAAAAUGGGUAAAUGUGGGAAAAAAAGGACUGGGUCCACAUGAGGUCAUGUCAGUUUAAACCAACAAGUAAGCAAAUGGAGAUGUCUGCACUUGAUUUCCCUCAAGCAGGAUACAUUUGCUUUCUUUAAAUUUGUAUUUUAACUAAUUUUGUAGAAAUAUUAUUUUGAAACAAAUUGAUAUUUGCAGUGUCCUUACACAAAAUAAACAGUUUGACGUUGUUUGAGGUUA